AGCUCUCCAGAGAGGAGAGAGGGGGGACCGAGAGAAGACGGAGCCAGCUUUCUCCUCCUUCUCCAUCUCCUUCUCCUUCUCCUUCUCCUUCUCCUCCUCCUUCUCCUCCUCCUUCUCCUUCUCCUCCUCCUCCUCCUUCCCCUGCCCUAGUUCUUCUCCGUGGUCUUCAGCCAUGCUGGACACGCUCACCUUCCUCCUGGAGAAGCUCUUCCUCCUCGCGCACAUCAAGCUGUCCAGCCUGCUGCCUCCUCUCACCCGGCGCUGCGACCGGGACGAAGCGGCCCCGCAGCCCGGAGCCGCGCUCAGGUUCCGCCGGGGGGACCUGCUGGAGGUCCCGCGGACCCUCUUCACCCACUUCGGCAUCUACCUGGGCGACGACCGCGUGGCCCACCUCAUCCCGGACGUCCUGCCGGCGCUGACCGCCGACGGCCGGCAGAUCCAGGAGAUGGUGACCAACGCGCGGCUGCUGCUCGGGGUGCUCUCCAAGCGCGCCUCCGUGCGCGUGGACUCGGUGGAGGACUUCGCGUACGCGGCCGGGAUCCUGCUCAACGCCAUGGACCGGGCGGUGCACCGGAGCCCGCUGCCCGGGGAGGAGGUGGCCCGGCGGGCGGAGCGGCUGGUGGGCUCCGUGUCCUACAGCCUGCUGUGGAACAACUGCGAGCACUUCGUCACCGACUGCCGCUACGGGACCGCGCAGAGCCUGCAGACCGACAAGUUCUGCGAGUGGCUGAAGUCUCUGAUCCGGGAUCAGCGCAGCGUCGUCCUGACGGCGCUGCUGGGGCUCGUGUCCAUGGCGUGUUUGGGCGUCUCCGCCGGCACCGCCCUGCCCGGCCUCCUCGUGCCCUUCACCCUGUGGAUGGCCAGCUAGGAGGCGCGCUCGAGCCUCGCCGCCAUGUUGGAAGACCGACCGACAGACAGGACGUCGUCAUCUGCAAACGAGUUGACCGUCAAGCUUACCGCUGAAUUCUAGGUGCUGCACCGGAAGGGAUGCAUUUACAAUAUCUAUAUUUGAUUAGAGUGAACAGAAGAACAAGCAGACAUUUAAAUGGCAUGAAAGAGAAAAUAAGCACACCCGUUUGAUUGACAGGUGGUGUUUUGAGCGCUUGGCAACAAAGACGAGUUAAAAACAGUUAAACGCCCCGACGCGGUGGCGUUAAAGAGUCCAAAGAUCACCUCAAGAAUCACCGUGUUUUAUUGAGGAUGCAGGUUUUACUUUGGCUUCCGAUAUGGCGGCGUGCCACGACACCACCACACGUCGUUUACUCGUCUCAAAGUAUGAUAUUUAAUAGUUUUUCUCUAAGUGAACACAUAAUCAGCUGGUAAACUGUCGAAUCAGGGAUGUUUAUAUCAUUUAAUACCAAUAAUGAAGUCCCGACUGUUUAAGUUGCCGUCAGUUAAUUAGCGUUACGCUCCCUGCCCAUUGGUUCCUCGUGAAGACGUGAAUAUUAAACCAAUCAAUUAUUUGUUAUAGAGACCUUCAUUGUUGAUUUGAGUCUAAACAUGAAUAUCAGAGACUGAGACAAAAUAAUAUUUAUUUGCGGCUACAACGGAGAACUCGUUCUUCAACCAGUUUUCCUUUGAAUGUUCAUCAGUAAUAAUCAGCAACAAUGAACUUUCAUGUGUAAAAGCGACACGUCAUUUUUCUGCUAGCUUGGUGUUUUUCAAUCGAAAGAGUUGAGCAGCAAGGCACCCUGGGAGUUGUUGUUUUAACAAACACGUCUGCUUCUCCGACGCGGGAUUAGCUGAAGCUAAUGUUAGCUUAGCUUGUUCCUUUGAUAGAAAUCCUCCAUCAGCUUAACAUUAAAAACCACAGAGAUCUAAAAAGCUCUAAAUAAUAAAAUGUUUCUGGUUUUGAAAAUUGCUGUAAACAUUUGGGAUCAUAUCAGCAGACAACUCAGCAGCGUACAUAAGUGCAGCUGUUUUUAGACAUUUUAAUGCGGAAGAGUUUGCAUUAAAUCUUUUUUAAACUGCUCUGCUACACAACAUUUAUUGAGUUUGACUUUUCUGCAUCUCACGAAACACGAGUUCACCUUUCACCCUGAUGCUCUGAGGCGGCCAUCUUGACUGUAGUUUCAUGUCGGCCCCUCUGUUGAAGCUCUUCUUGUAAAUAUCUGUAGAUAUCUUUCACAACCUGAUUGUUUUCUAACGGUCAACUCUUUUGAACAGAAUUUAUUUUUUAAGACGCUGUAACACUUUGUAUGUGUUUUCUAUGUAAAUAAAGUCUCUGGACUCAGUG